AUGUCUAAUCCCUAUGGAUAUGCAGCUGAGUCAUAUCAGCCACACCAGAACAACAAUUUACACCACCCACAGCCACAAUACACCCAACCAAUUCCCCAAGCUGGACAACAACAUCAACAACAACAACACCAACAACAGCAACAACAUUUCCAACAACCACAUGUGCACUCGGGACAGCCAGGACAACCAGGACAGCCAGGACAGCCACCACCACCACAAUUUGGCAAUUUCCUCAAUGAUCCUGCUGCUGCUCUAGCUUCUCAAUUUGCUAGAUCUGGUUUUCAGCAAUCAAACCAAUAUAUUCAAGAAAACUUUGGGUCAAUUUCAGGUGAUAUCAAGUACUAUUUCCAAGUUAGUAAUUCAUAUGUAUUGAAAAAGAUUCUACUUAUAUUAUUCCCAUUUCGUCAUAAAGAUUGGACUAGAGUAUUGGCCAAGGAUAAUGGUCUGGGCCAAUACUUGCCACCAGCUUACGACGUUAAUGCGCCUGAUUUGUACAUUCCAAUAAUGUCAUUUGUUACUUACAUCUUGUUGUGGGCAGCUUUCCAAGGACUUAGUGGAGAGUUUCAUCCACAAUUGUUUGGUUACUUGGCAUCGCAAACAUUGGCAUUUGCAGUAUUGGAUGUAGCUAUAUUCAAGAUUGGAUUAUAUUUAUUAAAUUGUUCUCAAAUUAAGAUUUAUGAUAUCAUUAGUUUUUCAGGAUACAAGUAUGUUUCCAUUGUUGUUGUCUUGUGUUUGAAACAUACCAUUGGUCAAUAUUUGGGUUGGGCUUACUACUUGAUUGUUGUCGGUUUUAUUCUUUGUUUAUCAGUGUUUUUAAUGAGACUGUUGCGGUACAUCAUUUUACCACCAACAAAUACUGGAAAUACUGUUGGUAACAAUACUGUUGUUACUGGUAAACAAAGAAAGAUGAGAAUUCAAUUCUUGUUUGUUUAUGCUGUCAUUAUUCAGGGGUUGAUUUUUCUUUACAUGAGCAAGUAA